CACACGCGAUAUUUCACUUGGCUCAAGGGGGGGCGCUGCAUCAUUCGUGGGGGACGACAUGUUCACUGUUGCCUUGUUUUUAUUUUCAAUAAUAUCUACAGUUGUUUUUUUGUAUACAAUUAUUUUUCUUACAUUUUUUAAAAUAUAAUUUGAUUUCAAUCAUCUCCAACGCCCCCCUGUCGGGUUGAGGAGGCGGAGUGGCUUGCUUGCCAAACCAGCAACAACCUACUUAGGCUAGCUGAUGUGGCUGGAGGCUAACUAGCUGUCAGCAGAGGUCUGAAAUUACGGAAAUUGUCGCAAUCAUUUUGCUUGCUCUUCAAGGACAAAUGUGUGUGUCUCAGUGAUGUGCCAUGGGGUAUGACGUCACCAGGUUCCAAGGGGAGGUGGAUGAAGACUUGCUGUGUCCCAUCUGCAGCAUGGUACUGGAGGAGCCAGUGCAGGCCCCACACUGUGAGCAUGCCUUCUGCAACGCCUGCAUCACCCAGUGGUUCAAUCAGCAGCAGAUCUGUCCUGUGGACCGUACGGUGGUGACACUGGCUCACCUCCGGCCCGUGCCCCGCAUCAUGCGCAACAUGCUCUCCAAACUCCAGAUUGCUUGUGACAAUGCUGGCUUCGGCUGCACAGCCACACUGCGGCUAGAUCAACUUCAGUCUCACCUGAAGGACUGUGAGCACAACCCCAAAAGGCCCAUCAACUGUGAGGAGGGCUGUGGGUUAGAGAUGCCAAAAGAUGAGAUGUGCAACCACAACUGCAUCAAGCACUUACGUGGCGUGGUACAGCAGCAGCAGACCAAGAUCUCUGAACUGGAGAAGAAUGCUGUAGAGCACAAGCAUCAGCUGGGGGAACAAAAACGGGACAUCCAGCUGCUAAAAGCCUACAUGAGAGCAAUACGCAGCGCCAACCCCAACAUGCAGAACCUGGAGGAGAGCAUUGAGUACAACGAGAUCCUGGAAUGGGUAAAUUCCCUCCAACCUGCGCGGGUGACACGCUGGGGUGGGAUGAUCUCCACGCCAGACGCAGUUCUCCAGGCGGUCAUCAAGCGUUCACUCAUCGACAGCGGCUGUCCUCUGUCCAUCGUUAAUGACCUGAUUGAGAAUGCCCACGAGCGCAACUGGCCGCAGGGCCUGGCCACGCUGGAGACGCGGCAGAUGAACCGGCGUUACUACGAGAACUACGUUGCCAAGCGGAUCCCUGGGAAACAGGCGGUGGUGUUGAUGGCCUGUGAGAAUCAACACAUGGGAGAGGACAUGAUCCUAGAGCCUGGCCUGGUCAUGAUCUUUGCCCAUGGGGUGGAGGAGAUCUUAUAAGAACGCAAGGAGGGAAGGAGAUUUUAUAAGAAACUAGCCAACAUUAGGAGAAUGUCUCGUAUAGUUUGGCAGAGAGGAGUGCAGACAUUUAUGUCAGGGAUUUAUUCCUCUUAAAAAAUAUAAAAAAUACUCCUCUCUAAAAACAUACAAAUUAUGGGUCUAUUUCUCGAUGGGAAAAAUAUAAAAAUACAUACUUAUCAGGUGCAGGUCAGACGAACGAAUCAAAGAAAAAAGAAAUGGUAUGCUCCCAUGGUGAUGUAAUCAGACCCUAAAGAAAGACAAUGUUUUGAUCAACGAAGAUCCAACUCGGAUCGAAACGUUUUUUUUUUUUUUUGCGUCUGACUAAAUCAUCAUGGGAGCAUACCAGAGUGGCAGACAUCUUUUUUUUUUCCUUCUUCAAUUUCACAGUGGUUAUGUAAUUGUUUGUCUCUUGAAAGAUGAAUGUGAAAAGGGGUGGGGGUUAAGCAGAAUGGAAGAUCUGAAAGGAUCCUAAAAUGACCAGAAAACGAGUAUUACUUACAUAUGAGCUUAAUAUCUUUGCCUUAAAAGGACAUUUCCAAAAAUACACCUCUUAAAAGAACAACUGAUAAUAACCAGGAUAUUCUAAGAUGGAAUGUUUACAAGAGUCACAUAAUGUGCUAUUAAAAGCUUUGUCUGAUCUAAGUUUUUCUAGAUUCCCCCAUCCUACGCCUUCUGUUGUGUAAAUAAAUGAGUAUAAAAAAUUAUGUAAAUACAAAUAUUAUAUUGAAUAAAUAUACACUCUCUAGCUAUUCUUCUUAUACAAUAAUUAGAUGAUGUAAUUUUUGUCUGUUGGUUUCCAUCUGCGUUCACAAAGGAAGCACAAUUCUGAUUUAUUUUCCCGCUAAUUGGUCUUUUGGCCAAUCAGAUCUUUUCACAUCAGAUCAUUUUCAGAGCUGAUCUGAUUGGUCAAAUUUGUGAAAAAAGAUCAGAAUUGUGCUAUCUGUGUAAACAUUGGCCAUGCGUUUCAGGAUGCUACCUUUGGACAUGUUUUGCUCACUCCAGUAUUGUUUUUUUGUGAAUAUAUCAUGAUGUUUAGCUUAUUUUUUUGUGCCAUGCAUUUUAUUUAUUUAUUUGGAAGAAAAUGCUUGAAGAUGUUUUCGUGUUAUGUAAAUACAAUUAAGCUUAUAAUUGUCCUUUUGCUUCUGUUGUACAUAGUCAACAUAAAGUUGGGUCCAACUGACAUUAAACAUUUGGGGUGUAACAUUG